UAAAUGAGUGAUCACAGCAUAAUGAUUAGAGUGUGAGUUCAUUAUACAACAUGUAACAUUAUUUUUUGUUUGUAACAGAGAAAUCUUUAAUUGGAUAUGUUUUAUUAUCCUUCCCGAAAUACCAGAUAUGCUGUUUAUGAUGGAGGUGAUUUAGUUUUAUAUUAACCUGUUUUAUGCUUUCUUUUCAGAGCAGUGAGUUAAAUCAACAAAAUAUCACAUGCAGAUAAAGUUAAAAACUAAAUCCAUCAUGGACAGAAAUUGGAAAGGAUUGCUGAAGUCUGGCAUCAUCUUUGUGUCCUUGAGUCUGUUUGUCUACACAUUUUAUCACAUCGACUUUCUGGAGUUUCAGAAAACACCGAAGCCUCCAUUCAAGAUCAACAGAGGUUCCAGUGAUCCAGGCUCCAAUCAAAACUACUGCACCUUCCGUCCUUUGUCUCCUGAAGAGAUUGAUGAGGAAAACACUCUUUUAGAUUCUAUAGCUUGGCCAAAUACUCCAUCUGUGCCACCUCCUGUUUCCCUGAAUGACACCAGCAAUGCAGCCCGCAGCAAUUUUGUCAUUCUCCCAAGGCCAGGAGGUGGAUCGUGGCUCGUGGGGGAUCAGCUGGAGGUCAUGAUCAAGAUGUUUGACUUUAAGGGUCGUCCCAAGAAUCAUGGGGGAGAUUUCUUACUGACUCGGCUGCACAACCGGGCACUUGAAGCAGGUGUCGCAGGUCAAGUGGUGGAUCAUCUCAAUGGCACCUACUCUGCUGUGUUCGUCUUACCCUGGGAAGGAAAGUCACAAGUUGAGGUAACAUUGGUACAUCCCAGUGAGGCAAUCCCAUUCCUGCAGAGGUUUGCUGGUGAAAAGCCUAAUGGAGUGGACUUCUACAGCACUUUUCAAUCAGGCUCACUCAAUGAGAUAACCAUGUGCAGUGUGUGCCUGCCUCCAACCCAGCAGCCACAGUGUAACUACACUGACCUCAAUACAGGUGAGCUGUGGUUCUGCUACAAGCCACAGAAUCUGAGCUGUGAUGCCAGGAUCAAACACUUCCACGUGAAGCAAAAACUCCCCAAGGCCAAGGAGGAUGUACUCUUUGAAAAUGGUGUCACCAUGAACAUUGGCAUUCCAGCUUCAGGACCUGCUCAUGUCACUGUGUUUCCCAAAAUGAAAGGUCAACUUGCAACGGACAGCAACAAGGACAUACCUGGACCUGCUGGUUACUAUUACAAAGGUCUGUGGAGUUCACUGAGUGGCUCCACAGUGAAACGGUUCAAUAGUGCCUCUGCCAUCAGCCAGUGCCUCAAAGACAAGGUGGUCCACAUGUAUGGAGACUCUACAGUCAGGCAGUGGUUAGAAUUCCUCUCUUCAGAACUAUCAGAUCUCAAGGUAUAUAACCUGUACAACUUGAAGAAGCCUGGACCUUAUGUGGCACUGGACUAUGCCAAAAACAUCUUUGUUACAUUUCGCUGCCAUGGCCUUCCUCUUCGUAUGGGCUAUUUACCAGUUACAGAGCUACAUUAUAUUGCCAAUGAACUAGAUGCAGUAACUGGAGGGAAGAACACAGUUGUAGUUUUUGGUGUCUGGGCACAUUUUAACACUUUCCCCAUCAAGUACUACAUCCGUCGGUUAAUGAGCAUCCGCAAGGCAGUUGUUCGACUGCUAGCCAGAGCUCCAGAUACUAGAAUUAUUAUCCGGACAGCAAACCUGAAGCAAUCCUCAACGCCCUAUUCAGUACUUUUCAGUGACUGGCCUUCACUGCAACGUGACAAGAUACUGAGGACCAUGUUUAAGGGAAUGGAUGUUUAUUUCGUGGACGCCUGGGAGAUGACUGUGGCUCACUACCUCAAGCAUGACAUCCACCCACCCCGUCCCAUCAUUAAGAAUAUGAUUGAUGUUGUUUUGUCAUAUAUUUGCCCUUGAAACUAAGGGUACAAACCUGAAUUGUCAUGAAUAUGCUUUUUAAUUGUGAGGGGUUUUUAUGCACCCAAACUUUCUCUGCUAUUUGUAGACUCUGAUGUUAUUUAGGUCUUAAGUAAAUUUACUUCACGGACACACGAUUUAGGGUACACUUGUGAUGACAGAGUAAUAAACUGUUUAAAGUGAAAUACAAAAGUAUUUCAUUAAAUGCCAAUUAUUAAUUGUCAUGAGUGGAUAUUUACUCAUCAAUAAUGUCAAGCAAACAGUCAUUAGGGAGUGAGCAAAUCACAGAGCAAUUUAACCAUUACAUCAUUGAUUAAUUGACAUGUUAUUGAUCAAUCAUCAAUGCCAUAAAUGACCAACUUACUGAAAAAUGGAUAAAUUACCGAAAAUGAGCUAUGGGAAAUUUAGAAUUAUGAAUAACAUAAAUUUUUUUAUUUAUUAAUAAUUCUUGGGCACCAUGUUGAAACCAAGGCGAGUUACCAAACUCCAGUCUCAAAAAGGGGAAAAAUAAUUUAAAUUUGCUGUCAAUCUUCAGGGUAAACAUCUGUUUAAAGUGUCAUAGAAGCAUGAGAACAACACAUACAAAAAUGACUUGUCACAAAUACACCAAAAAUUACCAUGAAACACAGUUUAUUAACAUGUCUACUUUUACAUUCUACAAAGAAAGCACUCUUAAUGAACACAUCAAUAAAUUCUUAAGACACACUCAAACAAUGUGUUAAAAAGGCCAGGUUGUUGUUAUUUGUCCAGUUCUUGCACCCCCUUGUGGAGAGUUUUAUUAAUGUAGGGGACGUGGGGGUCGCUCGGGGCGCUGGAGGGCUGCUGCUACUACUGCUCCUACUGACUGUGUUGAGCUGCAAGGGCUCAUGGGAAACGGGACUGAGUUCGGGGGCCGUUUCGGGCCAGUUUCUGUGUCCUGUUUCAUUUAUUUGUGUUUCAUUUAUUAUGUCUGUGUUUGGUUUAUUGUUUGUGCGCUGUUGCCACCUGUUUUGUGUUCUUUUAUUUUCUUUAUGUGCGCACCGUGGGUCAGGGGGACUUUUGGGGGGAGGGACGUGGCCUGCGCACCACCCGGGAGGGCGCAGGUGUGCACAGGGUUAAGUUGUUGUCACAAUAAACUCUGAUACUUGUGAAAACUAAAGAGCAGCCGCUCGUCGAGAUUCGCCAAAUUAAUAUUGUUAAAUUUUGAUUAGGCACAUUUUUGGCCACCCAACGCUAGGACCCAGCUAUGUUUCCAAUGAAAACAAGAAAUGUUCAAGUUUCUCCCUGAAGUUGUUGAAAAUGAUGUGUGUGCAUCAGCAAGUAAUUGCAAAUUUGUGAGGAUAUAUUUGUGAUUAUAUAUCAUUUCUAUGUGCACAGAGAUUCUUACGGAGCUCCGCUGGUGUCAGGGUGCAUAAUAUUUUAUUAAGGCGAGGUAACACCUUCUAUAGUGUGGGCACACGUUAUUAAAGCAUUAUCUCACUAUAAUAAAGCGAGGGAACGGAAUAAAUAUGGCGUUAAAUUUAGCACACCUCUAUGUUCUUGAUGAGUGCUUCGUGAUCUGAGAGGAUGCAUGCUGUUCACGCAAACGCAACACGGUGACUGGCAAAGGAAAUAUUGGACAUGAUUAAUGCUAAUUUGUUUUAUUUCCAUAUUGGGCUAACAUACAAAGAAAUACUUACUUCACUUUCAUCCAAUGGAUUCAUUAUAAGUCUUAGCCAUCUCAAAAAGAUUCUGAAAGCAAAUGAGCUUUGCCAUCAUACUUUUGCUGAUGUUGAAACAAUUAUAGACGUCAUCAUCAGUCAACUGGAUGCCCAUGGUCGCCUCGAUGCAUACUGCUGGAUGCACACAAAGUGCUUGGAGCAUGGUAUUCGAGCCAGAAAAGAAGAUGUUCAGAUUAUUAUUCAAGUACUUGUAGCACUACACUGAUGCCAUCGACUCCAGCGCAGACAAUAUUUUUCCAAAGGACCAAAUUUCAUUUGGCAUGUAGAUUUCUACGAUAAACUCAAAUCAUAUGGAAUCUGCAUAAAAGGGUGUAUCAAUGGUUUUUCCCACUGGAUCAUUUGGCUGAAUGCUGCGCACACAAGCAGCAACCCGCAAGUCAUUUCAGGUUACUAUUUGAAUGCAGUGGAGAAGUUCAAUGGAUGCCCAAGAAUAGUACGUGCUGAUUUUGGAACUGAGAAUGUGACUAUGCGGGACAUCCAAUUGUUCAUCAGACGUGAGGGAGAAGAUGACAGGCCAGGAGAGCAAGGUUCCAUCUCCAGCGCCAGUAAUGCGAAUCAACGCAUUGAAUGCUGGUGGGGCUGCUAAGACGAGGACCUUUUUGACGGAGAUUUCCUGGACAAGGCAUUAGUGCAACUGUGCUUUAAAAACAUAACCUAGGUUUGUUUACACUAAAUGUUGAGGGGUUGUGACUUCAAUGUAAGUUGACUGGGCCUACUGUUGUACAUGUACUUCUUUUGUUAUUUAUGGUUAUUAUUAUACUGAUAUGAUUAUUAUUUUACAAUAUAAUUAUUAUUAAUUAUUAAUUUUUAUUCAUAAAUAGUUUUGAUGUUUUUUCUGAUAUAUUUUAAAUUAUUUUUACAUUAAUAACUGAAUGAGAUUGCGGCUGUAUGAAAUGCACACCGGGUCCGACCAACAAGAGACCUGAUGCAAUCUCACGUGAUCCCAAAUGCAAUGUUCAUGGCACCCCAGCUAUGGGGUGCACAUCACUUCAUGGUCUCGCCAAACACCACAGAUCUAGAGAGAACCAAGGACUCGUGCAUUUUCCUCACUGCAGUGCCCUGUGAUGAGGACAUUUUUGAGCUAUGCAUAACACUAAUGGAUGAGCUGAAUUUGAGUUUCCCCAAUGAUAGACACAUUGCAUUCAGGGAUCAGGGGUCAGUCAAAGCUCAUUACAGUGACGCCAGUAGUUUAUUUUAUCUUUCUAAGUUUGUUGUAACAGAUUACUAUUGUCUUAUUCAUCAGUCACACUGCUCAUCAUUAGAGUGACUGCUGGUUAACUUGACAUUACUGCUUACCAUUCUCCCGAGCAUACUGUAUAGUUUGGUUUGUAGAGAUGACAUUUCUUCCGAAUCAUUUUAACUCUUAAAAUCUAUUUGUGGAUGCUGGAAACUUGCUUAGCAUAGGUAUUUGAAUAAAAUCA